GAACACAACAGUGGAAAAAAUGAAAUUAUUUUAAUAUUUAAUCAGAUUACCACGGGAUUAUGUAGUCACACAGGCUUUGUUUGAAUUAUAAUUCUUUUUAAAACUGCAGUUUAACAAAAUGUCACCCACCACUGUUAGACUGACCUCUACACACCUUUCACUCUGCCACUAUUUUUCUAAAUCACUUCUAACCCUUCCUUAAACGAGUCAAAUCUACUGAUAAAUCACAGGUGAGUAACUAAAGCAAACUUUGAGAGCUUUAUGUGAACAACACUUUCCUUUUUGCUUUUAUUAUAUAAGUAUUGCAUAACAGGCGUUUGCCCUGGUGCUGCUCCUCCCUCUAUUUCUAAAGAACAUGGAAGUAACAGACCACUCUGAACCCUCCCACAUGCUGAAAUAAAAAGGCCCCCGCCACUUUGGUUCCAAAGGGAAAAAGCUGCUUGUUUAGCUGAACGUCUUUCAAGAUGAUCCCCGCCGUCACACUCAGCACCGGAGCUAAGAUGCCCAUUGUGGGUUUGGGAACAUGGAGGGCAGAACCAGGAAAAGUCUGCGAGGCUGUGAAAGUGGCGAUAAGUAACGGCUACAGACACAUAGACGGGGCCUUCAUUUACGAGAAUGAAGGAGAAGUCGGGGCAGGAAUUCAUGCCAUGAUCGACCAAGGAGUGGUGAAGAGGGAAGAUCUGUUCGUCGUCAGCAAGCUCUGGUGCACCUUCCAUGUUCCAUCGCUGGUGAGAGGAGCAUGUGAGAAGACUCUCGGUGACCUGAAACUUGACUACCUGGACCUGUAUCUCAUCCAUUUCCCAGCAGGCAUGAAGGUUUGUUCUUACAUACCUCAACAUUUGACUAACUUGUUUGUCGAUUCAAGCUCAGCCACUCUUUCACUGUUACAGCCUGGAGACAACCUUUUCCCACUGGAUGAUGAUAAGCAAAUAAUUACAGACGAUUCCAAUUUUUUGGACACUUGGGAGGCCAUGGAGAAGCUGGUGGAUGACGGGCUGGUCAAAGCGAUCGGUGUAUCAAACUUCAACAAAGACCAGAUUGAAGCCAUCCUCAAUAAACCCGGCCUAAAGCACAAACCAGUAACCAACCAGAUUGAGUGCCAUCCAUAUCUGAGCCAAGACAAGAUGAUCGACUACUGCAAGUCGAAGGGCAUCUUUGUGACCGCCUAUGCCCCUCUGGGCUCCCCUGAAAGACCCUGGGCUUCUCCUGAUGACCCCACCUUGAUGGAGGAACCUAUCAUCAAGGCCAUAGCUGAAAAGUACAAGAAGACUGCAGCACAAGUUCUCAUGAGGUUUCACAUCCAGAGAAAUGUGGUGGUCAUCGCCAAGUCAGUAACACCCAGCCGUAUCAAGGAAAAUAUCCAGUUGUUUGACUUUGAGUUAAGUGAGGCGGACAUGAAAGAAAUCCUGAGUAUGAACAGAAACUGGAGAGGAUUCCCAGCAGAUUGGGCCACAAAGCAUAAAGACUAUCCUUAUCAUACAGAAUAUUAACUCUACAUUGUGAUGUUUUGGGAUGCAGAAAGUCACACACACACUUUGCUUUUCUAAUGAUUUCUAUGUUUUUUUGUAAUAAAAUGUAAGAUUUUAAUAAAUGAAACACAAAUAUAAA